UGGUAAAAAAAAGAAAAAUUAAGUAGGCCAAAAUUUGUUUAUUCGAACUUCUAAAUAAACCUUCACAAAAAAUGAUUGCGUUACUAUGGAAAUUGACAGUAAAACAAGCAAAAAACCAUCUUCGUGUUCUGCCUAAAUUCGUAUUCAGUUUUUUUCCUUCUCCUGUUAAGUAACAAAAGUAUGAAUUGGAGCAUUUCUAUAUUAAGAAGAUUUCAUUAUGUAUGUUUGCUUUUCAGAAAAAAAAAAUGUUUAAAUCACUAUGGACCCAUGAAUAAAAACGAUUUUCAAGGUGGAAAAACAAUAUCGAUUCUGAUAUGAAGUGAAGUGCCAAAAUCGCCCAGGUAAACAGAUACCACCGUCGAAAUUCAAUGGAACAUCAAAACAAUGGUCAAUACCAACAGAAUCACAAAAAGUAUGACAAAAGUACACGAUUAUCACACUAUCAUCAGACACUGCAUCAUGCUUUGGAAGAGGAUAUUGCUUCAGUAGCUACUUUAAUGAAAAUGUCCACACAAUCAAUGGCAUCGCAAAACACCCCAAUACUGACUGCAUCCUCACCUGUACCAGCACAUAAAAGACCUAAGUCCCCAAGAUGCUUAGCCAUGAAAAUCGGAAGUUCUUAUGAUUCAUCGCGGCCAGCUCCACGAAGUCCUUCUGUACGUAGUUCUUACAGCGCGCAAAACUCUUACUCGGACCCGUUCAUAAUAACUAGCAGAAGUGGAAAUGUGGGUAGCUUCAGCGAAAACCCGCCAAGGAGCCCAAAAAUCACAACUACUUAUACUAAUGAUAGUUGCGAUGAUGCCUCUUCAACACCGUCUUAUUACCAAACACCUACUUCUAGCUCACGUAGUCCGAAAGGCAUAUCUUCGCAAGGAAACUCAAUGGACUCACCUUCUUCUGCAACUUUUCUCAGCGGCCCCGCGACAGCAUCCCCUCGUCGAAGUCCUAACUCACCCAGAAAGUUCGUGUUUGAAGCUAUAAGCCCAGUCGUGGACCCAUUCUAUAAAAAAUUUGAAUAUUACGAACCAAUAUCGCCUGUAGACGAAUGUCCUUCUAAAACAUAUAGUGGAAAUUGUAAUGACUAUUUUGGAACACCACCACAAGGAUCAGCAUCCGCACAAAUUUUUGAUUCAAGAAUACAGAAUUCGAGAAAUAUUCUAUGUACAUCACCUUUAGAUAGAAAUUUCUGUUUACAUGAUUACAAUCGUGACAGCAAUGAGAUGAAGCCGUUGGAGUGGGAAAUGUCACAAAUUGAUGAACAUUGUUUGAACCGUGACAAGUAUUAUGUAAAGCGAGAUUCUUGUGUUACGGAUAGUACUCAACUUUCACUUGAUUCGAAUGACACCACAAAUAGUACUAUGGCAACAGCUACUACUUCUUUUAGUUUUUCGGAGCCUUCCAAAACCGAUAAGAUUUCGGUUAAAAGUAUUUCUGAUGAAACCAGCCCUUCAGAGCAACGCGAAAGCUGUAAACAUCGUCGUCAUGCUAUUAAUAUAACCUCUAACCCCUGCUAUCAGGUGCUGCAUAGUUCUCAUUCUACAUUAGAUCGUACUUAUUCAGACAGCAUUACAUCCUUACGACACCGAAAAUCGACCAGCGAUUUGACCAAUGAUUCCGAAGGUGGUCCAAGCAAGCAGAAAACCCUAGAAGGAUGUAACUCUACCAGUUAUAAGCCAAGACGACGGGGUAGUUCCAAAGGAGGAUUAGCUUAUUUAGCUAGUCGUCGUAGUUCUCGAGAGUCUAUGAAAAGUAAUACAUCAAUUUUUUCCAAUGAUGAUAUAGGGCCACUAACCUUCCAAGCAUCCAAACGCGGUCAACAACGCCGCACAUCAAAUUUUCUGGAACUUCCAGUUCCAGAUCAUAUACGGCCACGUGUUUGCUCUCUACCUGACCGUCCUUAUAAUCCACGUGCCAGUGAUGAUCUUUACCGACUAAGACACUUCUCAAUAAGCAAAGGGAAUGUUGUAAAUUGUGGUGACUCCAUUAUAUCAAGACGAUCGCGCAGUAACACCAGUAUCAAUUCUACCAAUAGCAGAGCUAGUGAACGUUCACCUUUUGAAGGAUCAUGUUGUGGCGGAGCAUAUGCAAAUGUUGAUUCGGUGCCAACUUCCCCAGACGAAUCAGAUAAUAUUGAGCCUCCACCGCGAUAUCGUAUUGUUAUGUUAGGUGAUUCUGGCGUUGGAAAAACUGCCUUAGUUAAUCAAUUUAUGACUUCAGAAUAUAUGCAUACAUACGACGCCAGUCUAGUUGUAGAUGACGAGUUCGGUGAAAAGACCGUGAGCGUAUUGUUGGAUAACGAAGAAUCUGAAUUGGUUUUCAUUGAUCAUCCAAGCGUGGAAAUGAGUGUGGAAAACUCUUUAUCAACAUACGAGCCACACGGUUGUGUUGUAGUCUUCUCCGUAGUCGAAAAAUCAUCGUUCCGUGUUGCAGAAGAAAUUAUAAAGUACUUGUGGCAAGAGAACUACAUCAAAGAUAAAGCCGUUAUUCUCGUGGGGAACAAAGCAGAUCUGGCCCGUGCACGGGUGAUAGCAUCACAAGAGGGCAAAGCAUUGGCUGCUGCGCAUGACGCUAAAUUUAUAGAAACCUCCAGUGGCAUCCAACACAAUGUUGAUGAAUUGUUGGUAGGAAUAUUAAAACAAAUGCGUUUAAAGGAAACACGCGAGAAGAAAGCUACCUCAUCGAAGCUGAAAAAUUCCCGUACACACAUAUCGCUGCAUUUGGCUAAGGAAAUAUUACAAAAAAUAUGUCUCAGUGAUAUUUCCAAAUCGAAAAGCUGUGAGAAUUUACAUGUCCUAUAAGGAUAUGCUGCAAGCAGUCAAGUAUUCAAAAUGUUUUCAGAAUAAGCAAAGCACACAGUAUGAAAAGCCUUUUUGAAUUCAUCAUUGUGUGAGUAUUUUAAGAAAAUAUAUAAAAGUUUUAUAUUGUAUUGAUAUGUCUGUAGUAUGUGUAAUAGAUUUUGAAAAACUAGGCUAAAUAUAAGUUUCAGCUAAGUGUUGAACUGUAAUGCAAAUAUCUUACCUGUGUUUUCGAUUCUAAAUUGAAAUUUUAACAUUACUAUCUAAAUACUGUAUAACGAAUGCGAUGAAACGAAAAUGAGAUCUACGAAUUGUUUAAAAAUUAUAUAUAUACAAUUGUAUAUGUUUAAUAGCAGCUUUCAUAUACACAUACUAUAUCAACAUUCUACCUACAACUAUUGUAACUCUUAACGACAAUGUAUGUACAUACACACACAUGUUCAGACAGUUGUGAUACUGCUUUUACCAGUCAAAAUAAAUAUGAGCAAUAAAUUGGUACACAUGAGAGCAUAUUGCUUAACAAAAUCUAAAUAAAUUUUAGUACACAUUUUAUAUCCAUAAUCGUAUACACAUACAUAUGUAAAUACAUAUGCACGUCUGUGAAAACUAUUCAAUGUAAUACUUAGUAUACCAAUGAUUUACUAUUUGUAGUACAUAUGUACCUAUUAUUGUGAGCUCUAAAGUGUAUUUAAAGGUAACCAAAUACGCUUUUAAACUUGUAUCAGAUUGUUAUUUUAUUAUUCUGCAAAAAUGAACAAUUAUCUACAUUAAAGAGAAUCAACCAAUUAAAAAACAAUUAUCAUACAUUGAUAUAUAUAAAAAAAUGUAUAAUAGUAACAUAUAUUCAUAAGAUUUAAGAUAUUAAGAUAUAUACAUAGAUAUUUCUAUCUGAAGUUUGAAGUUUUAUGUUUUGUUACGCCAUUAUGUAACCGCUGCCUUAAUCUGGAACUAUUUUGUAAAAACUUCAAGCUAGUUUCUGUUGGGCACUAAUGGUCGCAUUGAUUUUUACACCACAUAGUGUUGGCAAUGCCAGUAAAAGCUCCGGAACACAAAACGAUAGCAAAUCAAGAGUGGAUUAUACCAUAGGAGAAUAGAGGUUGAGUAAUUUUUUUUUUUAAUUCGACUCUUAUUUAAGUUUAACUAGAUCAAUAAAAUCGUGGGGAAGUACAUAUAGUAUAUGUUAAAAAAGUACUGGCUGCUUUUCGGAACCUGAUAUUUCACUUAUCUACUUUUAAUAGUCUUGCCGUUGACAAUAUAGGUAUAGGCUAAUUUACGAUACGAUUUUGGUGAUCAGCCCACAAUUUAAUUUUUUAAUUUAGCAUGAACUUUGUUGCUUUAUAGAAGACAUUUCCAUACAUACUCGAAUUUUCUUUCAUGAAAUUCGCAAGUUUUACUUAU